AACCCCUCGGUUGAUCCGGCAAACGUGGUGCAAUCGCUCGUUUACAUUCUGUCAGGAGUGUUUGAUGCUACUAGGGAUUUAUAUCGCACCUUGUCGUUGAAGGAGCAGAGGGAAUAUGAACAGAGCCUCAGGAGCUAUUCGAGAAGAUCCGAAUAUGUCUCGGAUGAGAGAUUGGGCAGCGAGGAAGCCAUCAUGACGGACAAGGCGACAAUGGUCCGGCAGUUUGAGAUUGGGUAUCACGCAAUGGGCACCGAGUUCGCUAUGGGUGAUGUGACUGCGCAGACGGAGCUCCAAUGGCAGAUAAUUGCCCUACAGAGCGUGCUGGUAAGCACUGCCAUAUAUGGGCCUGUAUCAUCAGACUCGGCGGCUCAUCAAUUAUCGAACAUCAACGCGGCUUCGAGAGCGGCAGCAGCGAGAUCGAUUGAAGUGUUGGUCGCACUGCAGGACCGGCAGAUGGAUGAGCGCCCAGUUACACCGCGGUCUAUGCAUUCAGUUACCACGGCUCGUUCAAGCCCGCAUCAUGCGCCUUCGCAUGUGGCCUCUCAUGUAACGUCUCAUCCGACCAGCCAUGCGCCGUCACAUGUACCGUCACAGACACCAUCGAGAGCUCCAUCAAAAGCACCAUCCAAAGCACCUUCGCACGUGGCAUCCCAAGCGCCAUCGCGGGUCCUAGUACUUCCUCAGCCACCCAUUGGUCCAAAUUCAACUACCACUGUAACCGUGAAGCACGAUGAACCUGUCCAUGUGCGAACCAACAGCCCAGUCAACACAACAAUCCUCGACUGGCAAAGCAAAGUCGAGCCCGAGUCGUCCAUCACCGAAAGCACCUCAACCACUGUCCCAUCCCACCCGGGCCACCUCUACUGCCAGUACGCCUACGACCUUCAGCGCGACCCCACGCAGCCCCUGCACCCCACGCUCCUCACCACCAAAGACGGCCGCUGCCCCCACUGCGCGGGAUCCCUGCACCUGUCCCCCGGCAAAGCUUGGGAAAUCUCCAAAUGGGCCGGCGACACCGAACGCACCUUCCAAGUCUCAAACCGCUUCGUAGUAAAAUGCCACCGCGACGGACCCGACGCUCAGUACUGCUGCGUUAUCUGCUCCAAAUACUCGGAUUCUGAUACUAUUUGUGGCGAUGUUAAGGCGCUGGUUAAACAUCUUUCUGAUGAGCAUGAAGUCAGGGAGUUGAAGCAUGAAGAGGAUAUUGUCGAGGUUAUUGAGCAGGUCAUGGUGGUGGGGAAGAGGGAUAGUGGCGUCGGGUAUGGUGGUGGAGGUGCGGCGUCAAGGGGAAGUCGGAGUCGUAGGAGUGCGAGUGUGGUGUCUGGGAAGGGGAGAAGGAGGAAGAGUUUGGGGGUUGUGGAGAGGGAGGUUGAUAUUUUUGAGGUGAGGAGUGGGCGGAGGUGA